AGUCCAGGUGUUCUCUCCACUUUUCCAUACACCAGUGACGUCAGUAGCCUUGUGAUCAGGCCGUGCCAUGAGGAGUCAUGACCUAAGAGUUGAUAUAUAUAUAUUGGGCUCGGAGAAGGUCCGUAACAAGCGGUGAUAUCAACGACAGGUGAUCACAAUGCGGGCGGCCAUCUUGCUGUGUCUGCUGGUUGCCGGGGCAACGGCCGAGUGCCCCACCGCGGGCACCGGCUUUCUGGACGGCUUCAAGAACUUCUUCUGUCGCCUGGGCGAGAACUUCAAGACGUUUGGACAGGAGGCUCUGGACGGCCUGCAGCAGAGCGCCAUCCGACUCGUCACCACAGUCGGCGGCAAGAUGAUUUCUGGCCUUCAGGACUUAUCCAAGGAGAUCGGACAAGGAAGCAAGAGAAACAUCGACAUGCAGACACUGGAGAAGGUGGCCAUGUUUGUCAUGACCCACCGCGAGCUGUGUGAAGACCUCAUCAAGUUCAUCGAGACCACCGGCGACGUGGCGGCAUCAAAGCUGGAGGAUCUCACCAAGGAGUAUCUAGGCAACCAGAGUGAGCAGGUCCUGGCUAAGGUCAUCACCUACAUCAAGGCCCACACCAACCUGCAGCAGCAGAUCAUGGAGUGGGUAGAGAAGUACAGUUUCCAGAUGGCGCUGGGGGCCCUCAGCAACGCCCUUAAACCCAAACGCAGCCUCGUCUCCGAGGCCGAGCAACUGGCGCAAGGAAUCGUCAGCGGACUGCGCCCCCUGGUGGACAAAGUCGUACAGGAGCUGGAGAGAGCCGGACAUGAACUGCUGGGGCAGCUGGGCCAAGACUUGCCUAACUUCCAGCAGCUACUGCAGUCAAUCUUGUCACAAGAAGGGUUGCUACCCGUAGAGGAAGCCGCCAGGGAACUCUUUGGCGAGGUCACCAGCCGGGGUGGGGUCAACCUAGAAGGACUGCUCAGGGUGUUGAUCCCCAGACGGUAGACAGGAGAGAGAAGAGCACCUGGGUAUCACGUGACUACAGCUACGACGUCAAAAACUGAUACUACGUCAUAAUAAUAUAUAUAUUACAACUAGUACAAAGCACUGCAACAGUACAACAAACGCAAUUAGUACACAAUAGUACACAAUAGUACAAUAUACACAAGUAGUGCAUACUACAUACAAGUACACUAGUACACCAGUACAAAUAGUAAUAAUAACAAUACAACCUCUACAAUAUGUACCAAUAAUACAUUAUAAUAAUGUGUACAAAACAGAACAUGUAAAUAUUAACUUAAUUAUAACAUUGUACAGCUAGUACAUAAAGUGUCAGAAACUC